AUGUCUUCAAUAGCGAGAGUUCGUGCUCUGCGGAGUACUGCCGGUGCUGCUGUACCAAGGAGAGGCCGACGAUGGCAAUCAACAUCAACACCAGAUACCGUAGAACCCCUGCAGUCCAUCCUCAUAGCAAAUCGUGGUGAAAUCGCCCUGAGAGUGGGCAGGACGGCAUCACAGUACGGCAUUAGGACUACCACUCUUUACACGGAUCCAGAUCGACUAUCACAGCACGCCUUGAGCUCCCCCUUCACGGUCAAUCUUGGCAGCACCGACCAGUAUCUCAACGGCAAUCGCAUCAUCGAGGUCGCCAAAGAACACGGCUGCCAGGCCAUUCAUCCAGGCUAUGGAUUUUUGUCAGAAAAUGCCGCCUUUGCGAAAGCAUGUACGGACGCUGGAGUCAAAUUUAUCGGGCCACCUUGGAAAGCUAUCGAAGCAAUGGGAGACAAGAGCCGCAGCAAAGAAAUCAUGAUCGAAGCUGGCGUUCCGUGCAUUCCAGGCUACCACGGCUCAAACCAAGACCCAAAGUAUCUGGAGCAAGAAGCCAAAAGCAUAGGCUAUCCGGUCCUACUCAAGGCCGUCAAAGGUGGUGGUGGCAAGGGCAUGCGAAUUGUGAUGAAGCCAGAGGACUUCCAGCAACAACUUGACUCUGCCAAGUCGGAGGCUAGAAGCUCUUUCGGAGACGACAUCAUGCUCGUCGAGAAGUACAUCACCACACCGCGACACAUCGAAGUCCAGGUGUUUGCAGAUAAGCAUGGCAACUGUGUGGCAUUGGGCGAGCGUGAUUGCAGUAUCCAACGAAGACAUCAGAAGAUCCUUGAGGAAUCUCCCGCGCCAAACCUUGCAGAGGAUAUUCGGCAAGACCUGUGGGAGAAGGCUCGACAAGCCGCGCUUGCGGUGGGUUAUGAGGGCGCUGGUACCGUUGAGUUCAUCUUCGACAAUGACUCUGGCGAGUUCUUCUUCAUGGAGAUGAACACAAGACUACAAGUUGAACACCCAGUCACUGAGAUGGUGACAGGGGAAGACUUGGUCAGAUGGCAGAUCAUUGUUGCAGAAGGCGGAAAGCUUCCACUCACACAAGCUGAAGUUGAAGAACGGAUCAAAAGCAGAGGCCAUGCCAUCGAAGCACGAAUUUACGCUGAAGAUCCGACCAUGAACUUCAUUCCGUCUACAGGCAAGCUUUUGCACCUUCGCACUCCACCAGAAACGGAGAGUGUUCGCAUUGAUGCCGGCUUUGUGCAGGGCGAUGAAGUCUCAAGCCACUAUGAUCCCAUGAUCGCCAAACUUAUUGUCAGUGGUCCGGACAGAACGUCAAGUCUGCAGAAAAUGGUUACCGCUUUGGAGCAGUACGAAAUUGCUGGACCAAUUACCAAUAUCGAUUUCGUCAAGAAAGUUUGCCAGAGUAAAGAUUUCAUCGCAGGCGAUGUUGAGACCGGGUACAUUCCAAAACAUCACGCCGAGCUAUUCCAAGAUGAGACUAUUGCGAAUGAAGUGUGGGCACAAGCUGCAAUUGGCCUCUUGGAAGCGGAACAAGCUCGACAGACGACUCCUACCUCUCCAAUCCAACCUCUACAGACAGUCGGCUUUGGCAACACACCCCAGCCAAGAGAAUUCCAACUCGUUCAGUCGUCCACGGACCCUCAGAAGACGCACAAACCUGUUUCUGUCAGCAUUCUCAAGACCGCGCCCGACACGUUCUCGAUCACCAUCAACGGCGAAUCAUUCACCACGACCAGCAACUACGACUCGUCUCAUCAUACCCUCACCUCUUUCUUCCCACACACUCGCCUUGCCACUACCAUCAUCCAAGACCCCGAAUCCAACGAUAUCACCCUAUUCCAACAAGGAAAGCAGUAUCGCCUCCACCUCGCAUUGCCCAAAUGGGCAGAAAAAGCUCUCGGCUUGAAAGACGUUGCAAACAGCGUACUCGCCCCCAUGCCUUGCAAAGUACUGAGGGUAGAAGUUGAGGAGGGGCAGCAGGUCAAGAAGAAUCAGCCUUUGGUUGUCAUUGAGAGUAUGAAGAUGGAGACAGUUAUUCGAUCACCGCAGGAUGGUACUGUGAGUAAGGUUGUGCACCGGGCUGGGGAUAUGUGCAAGGCUGGGACUGCAUUGGUCGAAUUCGAGGGCGGCGAGGAAUAA